CGUCGAGAAGAAGAAAGAGUGUGAAAUUUUUGUCACUUUAGCAGACGCUACCGAAACGGAUUCGGAUUCUUUGCUUUUCGGGUUUCCGUGCGGAAUUACGGUGUGCGGGAAUAACGGUGAUAGGUGGAUUUGCGGAUACUACGGUUCGAGAGUGCGGUGAAAAGUGUUAAUUUCGGUGCAUCAGGCCUGCGGUGGAGCUUUUCUUCGUUAGGACAGGAUCAGCACGCAGUGCCACACGGGGAUCAACCCACGAAACAUUCUACAGGAGGCCAUUUCUCGCAACCUUCAAAUAAAAAGAGAGAAAACCAACACAUUGAUCCGGUCGAAAGUCCAGUAGCAGCAGCAACAACUAUCUUGCGGAAAUAACCAGGAAGUUCAAAUUACUUCUUCACCAUGGAUACUGACGAUGUGGAAUCCUCGAGCAGCAGUACAAUGUCCAGCCUCAACAGUUUGUUCUCGUUCACCAGUCCGGCCGUGAAGAAGCUGCUCGGCUGGAAGCAGGGUGACGAGGAGGAGAAAUGGGCCGAGAAAGCCGUGGACAGUUUGGUCAAGAAGCUCAAGAAGCGGAAAGGUGCCAUCGAGGAGCUGGAGCGGGCCCUGUCCUGUCCCGGACAGCCAUCGAAGUGUGUCACCAUUCCCCGGUCGCUCGACGGGCGGUUACAGGUAUCCCACCGCAAAGGACUCCCACACGUCAUCUACUGCCGGGUCUGGCGCUGGCCGGACUUGCAAAGCCACCACGAGCUGAAACCGAUCGAAACGUGUCAGUAUCCGUUCAGCGCCAAGCAGAAGGAAGUCUGCAUCAACCCGUACCACUACAAACGGGUCGAAAGUCCGGUCCUUCCGCCGGUGUUGGUUCCGCGCCAUUCGGAAUUUGCACCCGGCCACUCGCUGCUGCCAUUCCACCAGAUGAACGAACCUAAUAUGCCGCACAACGUUAGCUACACCAAUUCGGGCUUUAACAAUUCGCACAUGGGCGGAGGCGGACCCAACUCGCCGAUUUCCUCGCAUAUGGGCCCCAACAGUCCCAUUUCCUCGGUGUCCAGUCCUGGACCGAUCAACUCCAAUCCUCAGAGCCCGUACGGUUCACUACCUGAGACACCUCCGCCAGCAUACAGCCCACCGGAGGAUGGGACCAACGUUGUUGGCAGCCAGGAAAACAACCAGAUGGAUACCAAUCAGAUGCACGGCGAAGUGGCCCCGGUUAGCUAUCAGGAACCUCCCUACUGGGCCAGUAUAGCCUACUACGAGCUGAACUGCCGGGUUGGCGAAGUGUUCCACUGCAAUUCAACCUCCAUCAUCGUGGAUGGGUUCACCAAUCCCUCCAACAACUCCGAUCGCUUCUGCCUCGGUCAGCUGAGCAACGUCAACCGCAACAGUACAAUCGAAAACACACGUCGUCAUAUCGGAAAGGGGGUACACCUGUACUACGUCGGCGGAGAAGUGUACGCCGAGUGCCUGUCGGAUUCGGCCAUCUUCGUGCAGAGCCGCAACUGCAAUCACCAUCACGGGUUCCACCCGAGUACCGUGUGCAAAAUCCCUCCCGGCUGUUCGCUGAAGAUCUUCAACAAUCAGGAAUUCGCCCAACUGCUGUCGCAAUCGGUGAACCAUGGCUUCGAGGCGGUGUACGAGCUGACGAAGAUGUGCACGAUACGAAUGAGCUUCGUCAAGGGCUGGGGUGCCGAGUACCACCGACAGGAUGUCACGUCCACACCCUGCUGGAUCGAGAUUCACCUCCACGGGCCCCUGCAGUGGUUGGACAAGGUCCUCAUCCAGAUGGGAUCGCCUCACAAUGCAAUCAGCUCGGUGUCGUAAGAUGCCACCGGGUUUUUUUUUCUCCGUGGAUGGAGCAUGUGAAUGAUGUGAUGAAGAAUGACUGUGACGAGGACUAACAAUCGAUUAAUUUUUUUUUAGCAUGCUAAGCAGUAUGAGAGCAAUCGAUACAAAGGUGUCCCUCAAUAACCGCCCACCUGAUCGGUGGAUGGGGGAAGGGGGGUUGUUGCGCUAUGUUGAACCGAAGAAAACGGACGAAGCCUGAGAGCAGCUUGGUGGAAGUGUGUGAUUUGCGUGAGAAUCUUCUAAUGGCAAGUUUGGCUCUUUUUUUACACACUCAAACACACGCGCGCGUGCAUAUACAUUUUUUGAGCAGUUGUAAUGUUUAAGCGAUAAUGAUAGUGUAGUGACAUUUAUUUUUUUAAAGUAAUUGAUUUCAUAUUUACGAUGGUAAGAGAUAACAAAACAUGAAGUGAUUUGCAAUGUUUGUAAGUGUGUUGGGAAACAUGCGAAAAGUUAUUCAAGCAAAACAUAUUUUUUUUUGGACGUCGUGUGCAAAGAGAAACCAAUCUUCCUGAACUUGAUUAAGUAUUUUUCAUUAGUGCAAUUUUUUGUUUCAAUCAAGCAGAACAGUUUGCCAUUAUAUAUUUGUUUUAUCGAUGCGAAUGGGAAGCUUUUCGAUGUAAUCAAGAAAAAAAAUAGAA